AUGCCCACGUUCAAAGCAGUUCCCGAAUACUUUGACAUCCCAGGCCAGGGCCUGGGAGUCAGCCAGGGCGAGAGCAUGAGCAAUUGCCCUGCCCCAGGCCAAGGCCUGGUGCAAACCCUGGAACAAGCCCUCGCCAAUCCCUCCCACAAACUCCUAGUUCUUUGCAGACACGGCCAGGGCCACCACAACGUGUGCGAAUCGACGUUUGGCACCGAGAAAUGGGAGUCCCAAGUGGCAUUGCAGCCCACAUUUGGUAGUAUCGUCCUCGAGGACGCUCACCUGACGGAUCUCGGCAUGCAGCAGGUUCGCGAUGCCGGGACAAACUUGCUGGCACCAUUGGUACAGACCCUGGGAUGGCCAGAGCGCAUGUACUGCUCGCCCAUGAGACGGUGUAUCGAGACAUUCAUGGAGUCCUGGGGUGCGGUGGUAGAGUGUUCAUCUUCUGCCUCAUCUUCUGCCUCAUCUUCUGCCUCGCCAGAGGUAGAAGAUGAGCAAUCUACAGGAGAACUCCCCCACGAUAUUGUGAAAACCUGGAUCAUGGGCCAAGGAUCUGGACCAAGUCCAGAUCCAGAUCAAUUGGCCAGCCAGUGUGUUGUUACUGCCCACGUCUCCGAAACCUUUCGCGAAACGCUUGGCAGACACUACUGCGACAAACGUGUUUCCCACUCCGAAACCAUCGGCCAAUACGGUACCAGGACCCUGGUCUUACCAGCUCCGAAAUCCUCGCCCACCCUCCACGUCUCGUGGCAAUAUCCCAACAACCCUCCAAUGGAUGAGGAGGACACCAUGUGGAGCCCAACGCAUCGUGAGACCGACGACGAGAUCGACGCACGUAUCGGACCGGGCCUCAACGAGAUCCUAAGCGGGCCCGAACGCUACAUCUCGCUCACAUGCCACUCGGGUGUGAUCCACAGCGCGUUGCGCGUGCUGGGCCACCCUCCAUUGAGGCAGUUGCUCACCGGUGGUGUUGUCUUCGUGGUGGUGACGCCUGAACCCUGUGCCGUUUAG